AUGGACGAAAUCGUCAAUCAAGAAAUCAUUACAUCGAAUACCAUUAUAUCAAUUUAUGGACAAGAUUAUGAAGUUAGCGAAAUCCAGUGUACGUUCGCGAUAGGUAAUAGUGCGGGAUCUAGAGAUUCGAUUAUAGCAAAACUUCGAAAACCCGAAGGAUUCAAAGGACACCCGUUGUUCGCCGAUGAUCGAGGAGUUGACGCGGAAACUGAUCCAUCUUGUCAGAUUAGACAGGAUCCCAGCGAUACGACGUCGCUCAAAUAUAUUUUGAAAAUUUUUGAUUUCAGUCGAUGUGGAGUUCUAAAGAGAAACGGAUUUGUUCACGUCCGCGUAUGGUUUCCACAAUUUCCAGGAGUCGUUAUGCAAUCAGAUCAAGAGUUGAUAAUAAUGUGCAAACCACCCGAACCGACUGUAAUAGAAAAUAAGGCAGCGGGUUUUGCAGGAAGUUUUCCACAUGGUGCUAGAGUAUCUGGUGUGGUAGAAGAAACUCCAGGUCGUUUAGAAUACGAAGUGGCGUUGUAUAAGGAAGCGCCUGCAGCUAGAAUCAGUAAUAUAUCAAAUAGUGAAUUGCCAGUAGAUCAAGCAGUACCAAUUGGUACAAAAUUACAAUUGAGAGCAAGGAUUAGUCCGGAUUCAGCAUGGAAAUAUGUCAAAUUAAUGGAGGUUACAGUGAGUCCUGAUCCCGAUGAUCCUCAUAUGACUGGAAGCGUAGCUUUAGUCAAAGAUGGAUGCAGAAACAGAGAUUUUUCGUCAAUAAUCCCACAUCAACCAGCUCGAUACAGAGAACGCCCUAACGAGGUAUUUCUCGAUUUCGAAGCUUUCCUCCUUAGCACCAUGAAAGAACGUUCGACUUUAUGGAUUCAUUCUCAAAUAAAAGCUUGUAUGGAAGCCACAGAUUGCCAACCCGACUUCUGUUUAGAUUUAUACGAACCUUCGGGGCAUGGUAGGAAGAAGAGAAAAGCUAAUAUCGUCGAAGUCAUCCAGCAACCAGAUGGUUCUUCUUAUAAAUACAAUUCCACACACUUUACUAGGAUACAAGGAAAUUUGGAAUACACUGUACUAAUGCCGGGAGAAUUUUAUCAUAGAACGCAGAGUAUAGAAGGCAGUUGCAGUACUUUUUUGGUUGUCGCUGCUAUUUUAGGGGCUUUGUUAUUUUUGUCUGCUUUUAUCAUGUGUUGGUUGGCUACUAAAUUACAUACUACACUCGUCGGGGCUAAUAACAAUAAUAAAAAUAUAGAUCAGCUUGUUAGGGAUAGUAGAAGGUUUUCAGAUUCUGGAUACACUGGACGAGCAACAACUCAGUGAUCCUAUUUAUGCGAAUUUGAAUGUUUUAUGCCUGAUGAAUAUUCCUAAGUAACUUCCACUUUAUAAAUUCAUUCAUUUCUAUUUUUUUUCAAAAACUUUCAGUCGUGAGCAAAAAAUAAUCAAGACUGCAUAAAUUUUGAUAUAAUAAAAGGUACAAGGGAUUGAUUUUAAGGUUAGAAAUGCUUCUUAGCAUGCAGAUUUGCUACGAACAACAAACGGCAAACGUCACUCGCAAACGGAAAGUCAAGUUAAUACAUCGGCCUUAAAACUAUGAAUAUAUUUCUUACUUGCAAACUACUCAAACUUUGUUUCGUCUGUUUUCAAGCAUCUUGUAUGUAUUUCCGUGUACUAUCAUCUUUUUUUUCGUUAAUAUCUUCGUUUUUAACAGUUUAUUUCUUCCAAAGUGAAAUUACCCUUCGGUUUUUAUUUAUAAAUUCACAUCUAAAUAAAACAGUCAUAUCAAAUAAUUUCAAGUUUAUCUAUGGCACAGAUAGCAAUCCGAAUACAAUCACAAAACAUAAUUUUUAUUCACGGAUCCGAUUCCGAACACAGAUAUGGAAGGGAGAAUAAGCGUUAAUAUGCGCGGACGUACUAAUGCCGUAAACUGUCAUUUUGAUGAUACCUUCGGCGGGAAAUGUGAAAAUACGAUCAUCUAUAGGCUUUAAAAGUUACUUCUGAACGUACAACAAAAUUCUGAUAUUUUGUAGCACGUAAUAAGACUAGAGAAAAUAAGUAAACAUGAAUUUGCAGAUCUCUGAGAACGUACGUCAGGAAAACUUUUAUAAAAUGUGUAAUAACUCUGUAUUAGACUUCUCACAAAGAAUAUUCGACAUUUUAACUUCAAUCACUGUAAAAUUUACCAAGAUGUACAACUAAAAGAAAAAAGGAUCUUGAUGUACAUCCUUAAUGAAAAUAAACAACCAAUAACUUGCAAAUUGCCUCAGGCAAUAAUCUUCAACACCAAAUCAGCUGUAAUAACAAAAACAACAGUGCUGCCAAUUGACGCAUAAUCACCAUUUCAACCUAAAAUUAUAAAUCUUGAAUAUUGUUACUUAUUUUAACCCUACUUUACAACAUUCCGUUUUUUGUAAUUACAUGACCUUCACAUGAAAAAAUCAAAAUGGGCGUCUCACGAAAUUUGGAAACGCACUAAAAUUUUAUAUUUUCGCUACAAAUCUAGUAACUUUUUUAGUUAUUUCUAGUGGUGUGAUUCAGGUUUUUAAAAAGUGCUUGUGUUUUGUCUAUGCAGUGUACUCUACUACAUUCCACUUUGUUAAUGGAUAUCAUGGACGUCGGAAAUCAGAUGUUGAUAGAUUUUAAAUUACACAAAUUCUAGAAUUUGAUUUCAGUUCAGUUAGUUUCAUUGAACUGUUCAAUUCUAAUAAUACUAUUAUCGUUAGAUAUAACCAAAAGUCAAAAGAUAUUUUAAACUUGUACUUUUUUCUGGUAAGUGAAUUGUAUCUUAAUCGGAAUAAUUAAAUUGAUCCCUGAUAAAUGCUUUAAAACAGAUUCAGAAUGUAUCUAUGACAACUAUACGCUACUUUUUGUUUAUUUUACGAAGCUAAAAUAUACUAUUAAAGUUUAAUUCCACCAAAAGUUCACUACUAAAAUCAGUAUUUUAGGACUUUUUUCGUGUUAUGAAUAUUGAAAAAUAUCACUGCCAGUGCAAAAUAAUUAACUUUGUGAUUGUGUAUGGCGUCAAAUUAAUUUUCAAGAUUUUUUAUAGAUCCCUUUUAAAUGUUUAUUUAUAAGUAUUUAUUUUUAUACAUAAGUUUUGUACAUAAAUUUUAUUGUUUGAAUUAUAUUGGGAAUAUCUUCAAAAAAGAAAUUUCGUAGAUGCUAAUUCAUUUGAAGUGUUUACAAAAUAUCUUUUAUCAUAAGAAAUUUCCAAUUUUUGGGUCGGUGGACAUAUUUUAAAUUUUAGAUGAUUUUAUUUGCUUUGUAGGUAUGUAUUUACACCAAAUAUUUUUAAUUUAUUGUAUUUAAAUCGAAUAAAUUUUUAUUAUUACACUUCUUUUUAUCAUCAAUGUACAGGGAGCAUCCUAUUUUGGUAUAAUAUAUUAAAAAUAAUAACAAGCCCUAAGUUAUUUUUCUAUUUAAACCACUUACCAGCACUCAAGGGGAAGGAAUUAACAAGUAAGUUUAAAGACACCAAAAAAUUAUAAUUAGAAUUUGAAAAACUUAAUUUUUAUGUAUAAAACCAACAGUAACAAUAGAUAAUGGUGAAACAAGUUAUUGGGAUAAUCUAAAGGGUUGAGACAGGCAAAGACACUUGUGGGAAGCUAUAACCAGAGAAGAUCUGCUGAAAUAUCUGAGCAAGUACAAGCAACCUACAAAUACUAAUAGGGAUCCUGUUGGGGCCUUAAUGGACACCUGAAGACACUAGAUUAAGUAAAGAAUGCAGCGUGCAGAAGACAAACGAUUAACCACAUUGCACCUAGUGUAAGACCCCACGGAAGUCCAAAGCACUACAUCUUGGAGGGUAUGAAAUAGAAAACGAUCUCUGGCAGCUGGAGUUAUAUGACACACUGGAAUUUCUAAGAGGGUUGGGUCACUGAAGAUCUCCAGUAUCAUAGCAAGAAAGGGGGGAAUGUACUUAGUCCCUAAUAUAUAAUAAAACAGUAGUUAUCAGUUAAAAGGAAAUUUCAGGAUAUAAUAAAAAACUUUCAGUACUGUAACAACAUAAUUAUAUUAAUAACUUCUAAUAUUCAAAGUACAUUCAAUAAAUUAUAAUAGAACAAAAUAAAUUGUAAAAUAAUUAGUUACAUAAACAUUUUGCCCUAAAAGACAAUAUAAAAAAUAA